AUGGCUAUCAUUAAAAGGGGUGCUCGUAAUAAGAGUGCUCAAGAACCAGAGAAAAGGUCUGCAAAGAUCAAAAAGGCUACCUUUGAUGUUGGAAAGAAGAAAGAAGUUGGUGUCUCUGAUUUGACCUUAUUGACUAAGAUUUCAGAUGAAUCAAUUAAUGAGAAUUUAAAAAAAAGAUUUUUAAAUGGCAUCAUUUAUACAUACAUUGGUCAUGUGUUGAUCAGUGUUAAUCCAUUUAGAGAUUUAGGUAUAUAUACUGAUGCUGUUUUGCAAUCUUAUAAAGGUAAAAAUAGAUUAGAAGUUCCUCCACAUGUUUAUGCAAUUGCCGAGUCUAUGUACUACAAUUUGAAAGCAUACAAUGAGAGCCAAUGUGUCAUCAUUUCUGGUGAAUCUGGUGCUGGUAAGACGGAAGCAGCUAAAAGGAUCAUGCAAUAUAUCGCCGCUGCGUCAGAUACCAACUCAGAAUCUAUUAGUAAAAUUAAAGAUAUGGUUUUAGCUACCAAUCCGCUGUUAGAAUCCUUUGGUUGUGCUAAGACAUUAAGAAAUAACAAUUCCUCUAGACAUGGUAAAUAUCUAGAAAUUAAAUUCAAUGCACAAUAUGAACCUUGUGCUGGUAACAUUACCAAUUAUUUGUUAGAAAAACAAAGAGUUGUCAGUCAAAUCAAGAAUGAAAGAAAUUUCCACAUCUUCUAUCAAUUUACAAAAGGUGCCUCUGAGAACUAUAGACAAACGUUUGGUGUGCAGAAACCAGAACAAUACGUCUACACUUCUGCAGCAGGGUGUACUUCUGUUGACACAAUUGAUGAUAUUAAAGAUUUUGCAGACACAAUAAAAGCCAUGCAAAUUAUUGGUCUUUCACAAGAUGAACAAGAUCAAAUAUUUAGAAUGUUAGCAUCUAUUUUAUGGAUUGGUAAUAUCUCUUUUGUAGAAAAUGAAGAAGGAAAUGCUCAAGUUAGAGACACGUCUGUCACUGAUUUUGUUGCAUACUUAUUACAAAUUGAUGCCAGUAUCUUAAUUAAGGGCCUGGUAGAAAGAACCAUGGAAACUAGUCAUGGUAUGAGAAGAGGCUCUGUCUACCAUGUUCCUCUAAAUAUUGUCCAAGCCAACGCCGCAAAAGAUGCUUUGGCUAAAGCUAUUUAUAACAAUCUAUUCGAUUGGAUUGUUGAAAGAGUCAACGUCUCCUUACAAGCAUACCCUGGUGCUGAUAAAUCAAUUGGUAUUUUGGAUAUUUACGGUUUUGAAAUUUUUGAACAUAAUUCAUUUGAACAAAUUUGUAUCAACUACGUUAAUGAAAAGUUGCAACAAAUUUUUAUUCAAUUAACAUUGAAAUCCGAACAAGAAACUUAUGAAAAGGAACAAAUUCAGUGGACUCCAAUCAAGUUCUUUGAUAACAAGGUUGUGUGUGAAUUAAUUGAAGGUAGACGACCACCUGGUAUCUUUGCUGCAAUGAAUGAUUCUGUUGCCACUGCCCAUGCUGAUUCUAAUGCAGCCGAUCAAGCAUUUUCACAGCGUUUAAAUCUAUUCUCAUCUAAUCCUCAUUUUGAAUUGAGAUCAAAUAAAUUUGUCAUUAAACAUUAUGCUGGUGAUGUCACAUACGAUGUCAAUGGUAUUACUGAUAAAAAUAAGGAUCAAUUACAAAAGGAUUUAGCCGAACUGAUUGGCACCACUCAAAAUGGUUUCUUAAAAUCAUUAUUCCCUGAACAAGUCAAUACUGAGAACAAGAGAAAAGCACCAACUGCAGGUGAUAAGAUUAUUAAAAGUGCUAACGAUCUAGUUGAAACUCUAUCAAAAGCACAACCAUCAUAUAUCAGAACCAUCAAACCGAAUCAAACCAAAUUACCGGAGGAUUACGAUGAUAGUCAAGUCUUACAUCAAGUGAAAUAUUUAGGUUUACAAGAGAAUGUUCGCAUUAGAAGAGCAGGUUUUGCAUACAGACAAGUAUUUGAUAAAUUUGUUGAGAGAUUCUAUUUAUUAUCCCCACAGUGUUCUUAUGCUGGUGACUACACAUGGCAGGGUGAAACAAUUGAUGCUGUUAAGUGGAUUUUGAAAGAUGCAUCUAUUCCAGAAAAGGAGUACCAAAUUGGUGUUUCACAAGUUUUUAUCAAAACCCCUGAAACAUUAUUUGCUUUGGAGCACAUGAGAGAUAGGUACUGGUAUAACAUGGCAGCCAGAAUUCAACGUGCAUGGAGAAGAUUCUUACAAAGAAGAAUAGAUUCGGCUGUUAAAAUUCAAAGAGUUAUUAGAGAGAGAAAAGGUGGUAACAAGUAUGAGAAAUUACGUGAUAAAGGUACUGAAUUGUUAGGAGGCAGGAAAGAGAGAAGAUCCAUGUCUUUGAUCGGCUAUAGAGCUUUCAUGGGUGAUUACCUGUUAUGUAACGAUAGUAAAGCAAGGGGAGCUUAUAUUAAGAGACAAGCUGGGAUAAAAGAUAGUGUAAUAUUUUCCAUUAAAGGUCAUUGUCUACAAAGUAAAUUUGGUAGGUCAUCCGUCAGGGUUAAAAAGGUUUUUAUUCUAACGGCAAAAACAUUUUAUGUUAUUGCACAAACAAAUGUGCAGAAUGCAAUGCAAUAUUCAUUAGAGUACAACAUACCUGUUGACCAUAUAGUUAGUGUUGGUUUAACCAACUUACAAGAUGACUGGAUGGCUAUUAAUCUUGCAAAAUCGAAUCAACCAGACCUAUUAAUUAAUACCUUUUUUAAGACUGAGCUGAUAACUCAUUUAAAGAAAUUGAACAGCAAAAUUCAGAUAAAAAUUGGUCCAACAAUUGAAUAUCAAAAGAAGCCUGGUAAAAUCAGAAGAGUUAAAUGUGAAAUUACCGAAGCUGCACCAAAGUAUGGUGAUAAUUAUAAGUCCAGAAAAAUUUAUGUCCGUCGUGGUAAUCCAGCUAACUCUAAACAGAAAAAGAAGCCUAGAGGCAAAAAAAGUUCUGGCAUCCAGCAAAGCGUACCUGCUGCCGCACGUCCUAGUCAUCACAAAUCGUCUAGCAAACCAUCAGCUCCUGUUUCUAGAACUUCCAAAAAACCUGCUCCUCCUCCGCCUGGCUCAAAGAAGCCAGUUCAAAACAAACCAGUUGCACAACAAGUUCCAGUGCAAACACAGCAGACUCAACUAAAUAACAUACCUCCACCUCCUCCACCUCCUCCACCAGUGCAAUCAUCUGUACCGAAAUUUGAAGCUGCAUAUGACUUCCCUGGAUCUGGUAAUCCAUCUGAGCUUCCAUUAAAGAAAGGAGACGUGGUAUUUAUUUCAAAGCAAGAAGCAAGUGGGUGGUCAUUAGCCAAAACCUUAGAUGGUGCAAAAGAAGGUUGGGUGCCAACUAAUUAUAUUAUAGCUUAUACAGGCUCUUCUACACCAGCACCACCAGCCGCUAGUACAGUUGUGUCACAACCUGUAACAAUCUCAGAAACUGCAUCUACAGUUGAACCAGCCGCUGCUACCCAAGCUAAUUUCAGCACUGGUUUAGCUUCUGCAUUAGCUGCUCGAGCAAACAAAAUGAGAGUAGAGAGCGAUGUAGAGCAAGAUGAUGCUGAUGAUGAUGAUGACUGGUAG